UAUCGUCUUACGAGCAUAAUAGGUUAGUAUUAAUUACACCAUAUCAUACGAAAUACUUGUGUUUCAUUAUAGUGUAGUUAAAAAUAUAAAAAAUUACAAUGACUGCCAACAUUUGUACAUUUAUGCUGUGCUGUUUUGUUAUAACGUCAAAUAUAAACACAAUCGAGUCAGCAAAAAAUAACAAGAUAAAUCCUAUACGAUUUUUCAUUCACACAUCUCGGGAAAUCUAUAUCCGUACCUUGAAUAAUUUGAAAACAUUCAAUAAACAUCCAAUCGUAAUUAAACAAGAAGACCAGGUGAUUCUGUCAACUCCUGGUGUCGGAAAUAUUACAGAGUACCAUUUAAAAUUAAAAAGCCGAGAUAAACUAGAGAAAAAAGCUGAGGACAUCAAAUGUAGCUAUAGCGUGGUUGCAAAAUCAAACAUAUCGUACUUGAAGAGCUUAGUGGAAAAUUUAAAAAGUGGUGAACCUUUUAUUAAAACUUACGAGGAUACUAUAAAAAGUAUUAAAAAGGAAGCCGAAAUUAUAUUCCACUUGUUAAUGUUUGGAAAUUUAGAAACGGGCAAAUGGCUUUGGCAUUAUUUUUUGAAAAUCGUUGCCAUCAGAAAGUACAAUGUCAAUAAACCUUUUAUCGAUGAAAACCUAUUCGAAGACGGCCAACUGCAAUCCGGCGUUUCAGAUGUCAUAGACAAUUGUAUGGCUGAAAAUUACCUUCCUCCGGCUACAAUGGAAUCGAAUUUUAUUUCGAAAAAUAGGAGUACAUUCGAUAACAUGAUCAGCGACCUGUGCAAUUCCGGAUGGUUAAUAGGCAUAAUAUUCGACCGUGACUACGAUGCGUUGAUAGAAUUUUUAUACCUUAAACCGUUUUGGGACGACAGUGGAUUGUUGUUCAGACAAAUGAAAGAAGUCGAUAUCGAUUGGAGUGAGACGAAACAACGAUUCGAGCUCGAGAUGGUCAUUACCAAGGAAUUUGUGGCAAAUCGCAUUUGGAUGUACCAUCCGUACGGACGCCUCGACCACCAAUACUUGUUGGUGAAAAUUAUCGAUGCUAGAAUUUAUUGCUACCUUACGGUUGUACUGUGUGUUUACGAAACACAAUUAUCCUCGCUCGACAAAGAGGCGCUUACGAACAUCAAAGAUGUCAUUUAUAAACUCAUCGUUGAAGUGCUGAAAUUAACGGCGUUCAAAGACGAGUUGCUCGUGGCUAUUUCGUCGGAAGUCAGGUAUGGAAAAAUAACUGACUUCGACGACGUACAAGAUAUUUUAGCAAGAGUGCGGGCAAAGGCCAACGGGAUCCUGGACGAUUUAAACGGUACCGGGACAAGAGGAACGGACCGGUUCAGUUUCGACAUUGACAAACAACAGCUGACUUCAAUCGAUUUGAUAACGGGAAUCAUUAAGGAAUUCCGAGACUAUUUAACCGAAUUUAGAGGCCGCUUGACGUUCCACUAUAAAACGCUUUUGCAUUUCAUGGAUCUAGUCAAAACGGCCGCUGCUCCAUACAUUUAAGUUUUACAAUUAAUAGGUUAGUGUUAAUAAUUACAAAAUAUCAUACGAAAAACUUGUGUUUUAACAUAGUAUAGUUUGAUGUAUUGUAAAAUAUAAUAAUGAUUGCCAACAUCUGUACAUUUACGUUGUGCCGUUUUGUUAUAACGUCAAAUAUAAAAACAUUUAAGGGUAACCACCUGU